AUUUAUUUUGUGUAAAUGCCCAACAGAGCAACUGCGUAUUUGUGUUUUCAGGAAAUUUUAAGUUGUGUUAUGGUGAAGAACUUGGACACAGGGGAGAUGGUAGCCCUGAAAGAUGCUGAUAUGAAACUACCAAAAUGUGUAGAUCCUCUGGUCUUACAUAUAAUGGAAAGGACAAAUGAAUAUCCUAGUGAUGAAGGAUCAGACAGAGAUGAUGAUGGCCGCUCAGAGGGUGGACUCUCCGCAACAGCUGAAAAUGUGAGGAAGAAAGGAAAGCGGUUGAAGAAACUGUUUGGCAGGAAGAUGGGAAAGACAUACAGUAAAGUGAAAUCUGUAGCUGACCAAGUUAUGCAUGGAGAAGAAAGCAGUACUAUUGUGGAAGGAGAGAUCUCAGAGGAUGGCAGAAGAUUUAAGUUUAAAGCAAAUCACAACAAGAAAGGACCAUAUGAUUUUGGACAGCUCAAGUCAGUGCAGGACCUUAGUGGUGAACAUACAGGUGCAGUGUGGGCGAUGAAGUUCUCACCAUGUGGAAGGUUACUGGCUACAGGAGGCCAGGACAGUGUUCUCAGGAUCUGGGUUCUAGAUUCAGCAUACAACUACUUUGAUGACAUGAGACAGAAAUAUGUUGAAAUGAAAGUUUCUCCAGCCCCGUCUCAGGAAAGUCUCAGUUCAAUACCAUCUCUGUCUUCAGAACAGUCUUCUAUGGAGUUAGGGGCAACAGCGGAGACUGUUGAAGACAGCAGAAAAGGUCCAUUUAAGACAAAGCCAUUCUGUAAAUACAGGGGACAUACUGCUGACUUGCUCGACGUUUCGUGGUCAAAGAAUUAUUUUAUCCUGUCAUCUUCCAUGGAUAAGACAGUAAGAUUGUGGCAUUUAUCACGGAGAGAAUGUCUCUGUACAUUUCAACAUGUAGAUUUUGUCACGUCUAUAGUCUUUCACCCAAAGGAUGACCGCUAUUUUCUCAGUGGAUCUUUAGAUGGCAAGUUACGGCUAUGGAAUAUUCCUGACAAGAAGGUUACCUUGUGGAAUGAAGUUGGCAGUGGAAGCUUGAUAACAACUGCAAACUUUUGUCAUAAUGGAAAAUUUGCUGUCGUCGGGACUUAUGAUGGAAAAUGUAUAUUUUUUAGCACAGAGCAUUUGAAAUAUUACACACAGAUCCAUGUACGCUCAACCAGAGGAAAAAAUUCAAGAGGGAAAAAAAUUACUGGUAUAGAACCUUUACCCGGUGAAGACAAGGUGUUAGUAACAUCGAAUGAUUCUCGCGUCCGACUGUAUGAUCUCAGGGAUUUGACCUUGACCUGUAAAUAUAAAGGUCCCACAAACACCAGCAGCCAAAUUAGAUCAGGUUUUAGCUGUAAGGGCAAGUAUAUAGUGUGUGGCUCAGAAGAUCAGUUUGUUUACUUGUGGAGGACACAACAUGAGUUCUAUAAAUUCUCUUCAGCUAGAAGGGAUAGGAAUGAUUACUAUGAGGCAUUUAAAGUGCAUAAUGCAGUAGUCACAGUGGCUGUCUUUGCUCCAAAUUCAAACCAUUUUUUCGCUAUAGACGAUUCAAACAGCAAGAAGUCAAAAGACUCGUCCCCAGAAGCUGAAUUUAUAGUUAGUGCUGACCUAAUGGGCUGUAUUAAAGUUGUCAGAGUAAAAUGAACUAUGAUAUUAUUCAUGAAGUUUACAUGUUUAUCCACAGUGAUUAUUCAUGGCAUUGGUUUGACCAGCAUCAUGGACUUGGAACAAGUGACACUUUCUGAUCAGUUUUCACCAGGAGUCCAGGAUGUUGGCUUACAUUAAUCGGGAAGGAAACAGAAAAAAGAUUUAAAUGUGUUUAUGUGUUUCAUUUUGAGACAGUUUGUCACUACAGUGCAAAAAAUGGUUAUUUGCUUCUAUAUAUCAGUCCUGUUAGUCAUCAAUUGUGCAGAGGUGCCAGACUAUGUACUUUCAACUUGUAACGUUUUGUUAAAUGUAAUUUAAAAGUGACAGUUUUUAUAUUUUACACCUUUCUAUGCAAAUUACUGUAAAAAUAUGUUUUAGCAAUUCACAGAGACACCAAAACUUUAUAAUUUGAAUGCUUUUGUUUUUCAGCUGGUACAAAAUUGUCCAUAAGUAUUUAACUAAUUCAGUUAUUUAUCCCCCAACUUACAAAUUUUAAAGAUGACUUAAUUUGUUCCUCGAAGUAUGAUACAUUAUGCUUAUUGUAAAAGUAGCUUUAUCUUGGAUACUGUAUUUGACUCAAGUUCAUUUUGCAGCAUCUGGAUCUAGAAAAUGUUUAACAAAAUACCUCUUAGAGCUUGGUAAUGGCAUUAUAAUUUAUAUCGGAACUUGUUGCGCUAGUGAUUCAUGAUUGGUUAAUUUUACUGUUUUGUAAUUGUUGUGUCAGAAAAUAACUUCUUUGUGCAAACUUGCUGUAGACCUUCAUUUAACCGAACCAUCAAUGACUGUCAUAUUUUUUUUUAUCCUAGUUUUAUACCAGUAAUAUUUGUCUUCCUUCUAUAAGUUUCAAGUUCCAUUUAUUAUUGUUUUUAUUGCAAAAUUGUUUAAAGUGUUCAAAUUUUAGAAAUUUUUUCUUGCCAAUUGAUGAGAAAGCAGCAGAACAAACCAUUAAUAUACACCAAAAUUUCCCUUGUUAAUUUAAAUAGUAGACCAUAUUCUACUCAUGUCAGGUGAAUUUACUCCUAUAUUGUAUGCUAUAUUAAAAUAAAUCAAGCUUAUAUAUCACCAUAUAUUGAAUGUUUGGGCUUUUAAGUGCUUGGAAGUUAUAAUACCAUUUUCCUAAUGUGUUCAUGCUAAACAUUCAGUUAAAGUCAACAUCACAUUUUAUAUAAAAGAAAUAUAAAUAUAGAUUUAUUCUUAUUAAAUUUUACAUUAUGCAAAUUUCAUAAACUCAUCAUUAUGUCUCCCCCAUAGGUAGGGAAGGCAUAUUGUUUUUGCCUUCGCCGUCUCCGUCCAUCCGCUUUAAGCUUGUCCGGCUUUCCCAGAUCAAACUGCUGGCUGGAUUUCGACGAAACUUCACAGGAGUGAUCAGUACCAACUCUAGUUAUGCAUAUCUCUAGCAUGUUCAACCGAUACGUUCCUCUUUGCUGCACAAAAUGGCUGCCAGAGCUAAAAAUAGAAAAAUCUUGUCCGCCUUUCAUAGGUCAAACUGCUGGACAGAUUUCGACGAAACUUCACAGGAGUGAUCAGUACCUAGCUGAGUUGUGCAUAUCACCGACUUGUUCCGCUUCAGUGCACAAAAUGGCCACCAAAGCUAAAGGUAGAAAAAUCUUGUCUGGCUUUCACAGGUCAAACUGCUGGCUGGAUUUCGAGGAAACUUCACAGGAGCCUAGUUGUGCAUAUCGCUGGCAUGUUCUGCUUCACAGCACAAAAUAGCCACCAGAGCUAAAAAAGAAUACAUAAGGAGAGACAUAUGUUUAUGUGACAAAAACACCUUCUAGUCUGCAAUUUAAUUCUAGUGAAAAAUCAAUGACAUUGACAUUGUAGAAAAAGAUUAUCUACAGCUACAAAUGUAUUUCUUAGACCUAUGUAACAAGAAAUUUAUUUAUAAAAAUGAAUUUUAGUAUUUUUGUGGAGAGAAGUCCAUAAGUAUCUUAUAAAAGUCCUGCUUCAACAGUGUCUUAUGAGUCAUUUCUUUAAAAUUACCAGAUUAAAAGUACGUAGAGUUAGUUGAUCUUAACUGUCAUAAGCUUGGUAUUAUUAUAGUUAUAUUUAUUGUAUUAUCAUAUUUUCAAUAAUUUAUUUUCUUGUUAUGUUAAAUCUAUGCAGAAGUUAGAUGCAUUAACCACAACUUUUCGCUUUAAAAUGUUAUUAAGUAAGUUUUCAAGGACUUCUUGUUUGGUUCAUAAAAUCUGUAACAAGUGUUUUCAGAUUUUUUUCUUAUGGUUUCAGAACAAAUAUAUGAGUUGUACAUUAUGCUAUAGGUAUUUAUACCUUUUGACUUUUUAACAGAUCUUUAAUUGUAUUAGUUCUGACACUAAAAAUGUUAUUUUUCCAUUGGAAAAACUCCAUUGCUGAAGUUUGAGCACAUGGGCAUUUGAAAAAGAAGAACAUUUUUGCAAAAUUUUGCAUAUUGUGUCAAACAUUUUACUAUUAUAAUAAUUAGAAAUUUGGAGAGAUAUGUAAGAAUCUAAAAAUUUAUGGUGACAGCAUUGCAAUUUUACUUAAAUUGAUGUUCAAAUUAGCUGAAAUUUACUAUGGAAUUCCAGAAUUCUUGAUGAUAAGUUCCCAUGUAAUCAACAUACAUGUAUUUUAAAAUUUCAAUGUUGCUGAUACAACCCUUAUAGUUCUACUAUACUGUGUAAUAUCAAUAUUUUCAUGAAUAAAUUAAUGCCAAAUGUGUGUUAUGGAAUAGAUAAAUCAGUCAUUAGUUUAUGAUAUAUUAUUUAGAUGAAACUUUCAAAACAGUUAACAAGAUUUUUUUUCCUUGCUGACUUUGCAUCAGUAUUUUCUGGGCAAGUUUCUGAUACUGUAAAAGUAGAAAUUUCCGCCAUGGUUAAAUUUUUGCUAUAUUCGCGAGGCCCUAUAUCUCACGAAAAUUAAUCCUCGUGUAAAUAUUCAUCAUUAGUAUAAUUCUAAUUCAAGUAGGUUACCAUUUUUAGCUCGACUUUUCAAAGAAAAAGUAGAACUAUUGCACUCGCCCCGGUGUCGGCGUCGUUGUUGGUUAAAGUUUUUGAUAAAGUCAAAUAUCUCUGUUACUAUCAAAGCUAUUGACUUGAAUCUUAAAAUACUUAUUCACCAUCAAAGUCUUCACCAGGAAAAACAAUCUCCAUAACUCUGAUUUGAAUUUUGACAGAAUUAUGCCCCUUUUAACUUAGAACUUUUGGUUAAAGUUCUUGAUAAAGUCAGUAUCUCUGAUACUAUUAAAGCUUUUGACUUGAAACUCAAAAUAGUUAUUUGCUAUCAAAGUCUACACCAGGAGACACAAUUCCCAUAACUUUGAUUUGAAUUUUGACAGAAUUAUGCCCCUUUUUAACUUAGAAUUUUUGGUUAAAGUGUUUGAUCAAGUCAAAUAUCUCUGUUACUAUCAAAGCUUUUGGCUUGAAACUUAAAACACUUAUUUACCAUCAAAGUCUACACCAGGAGAAACAAUUCCCAUAACUCUGAUUUGAAUUUUGACAGAAUUAUGCCCCUUUUUAACUUAGAAUUUUUUGUUAAAAUAUUUGAUAAGUCAAAUGUCUCUGUUUAUAUUAAAGCUUUUGACUUGAAGCUCAAAAUAGUUAUUUACUAUCAAAGUCUACACCAGGAGACACAAUUCCCAUAACUCUGAUUUGAAUUUUGACAGGGUUAGGUCCCUUUUUAACUUGAAUUUUUUUUUACUGGCAAAGCUCUAAUUCAGAGUCAAGCACUGAGAAAAGUCGAGCGCGCAGUCUUACGGACAGCUCUUGUUACAAUUUGGUAAAUAUUAAAUCUCACAAAUAUAUACUCAAGAUUUCAAAUUAGUAAAAUUUUGACCCCGGGAAAAUAUGUGAGUUUACAGUACAUUCUUAUUUUAUGUUCAUGAAAUAGAUUAGAAUAUGUAAGAUCUUGUUUGAAAGGCAUAUAGAAAAAAAUGUCUGUGUUCUUCAAAAACCUUUAUAUGUUAUUUUUGAUGAAAAAACCCUUAUUCAUGCAUUUAAAAAGCAGUACUUCAUUCCAUUGUCUGAAAAACUGCCUGAAUUGAUAGCCAAUCAGAAAGUUGCUAACUGAUCAUUUGAGAAAAUCUUGAACUUUCUUGUUGAAUUGCAUUCUUCAAAAGCCUUGUGAUAAAGAAAUAGUGUUGGUAACUUAAAAUAUUUUCCUUUUUCAGAUGAGUUACAACUACCCUGUACUAUUGAAUAUAUAACAUAAAAUCAUUUAAUGUGGUAUUAAAACAUCAUCAAGUGACAGUUAAGAGCAAAUAAUUGAUUGAUACAUUGCUUUCUCUUGGGCAGUUUGUACCAUUUUAAGGCACUUAAAAAUGUAAAUGAGAUUUUUGAAGAUUUCCAUUUUUGCCUAUUCUGAAAAGUAACCAGAAGUGACAUACUAGGUUGUUGAAGAACUGUGACAUUAUAAAGAAUCUGAUAUAAUUGUUGGCUAGUGCAAUACAUUUCCACAUGACAUACAGUUUACUUUUCAUAAUAAAAUGUGUUUAAUUAUCA